AUGGCCGGAGGAGCUGGAGAAACAACGUUGGAGUAUACUCCAACAUGGGUAGUCGCCAUCGUCUGCACAGUAAUCGUCGGAAUUUCACUAAUCGUCGAAAGAGGUCUUCACUAUACCGGCAAGUAUUUGAAGGGCAAGAAUCAGAAGCCACUAUAUGAAUCAUUACUUAAAAUUAAAGAAGAAUUGAUGUUGUUAGGGUUUAUAUCGUUGUUAUUGACGGUAACUCAAGAUAGAAUUCAAAAGAUAUGUAUUCCAGAACAUUUAGGUGAUACGUGGCUUCCUUGUAAUAAGAACUCGGUGAAAACUACCGACCACUGGCAGAUGACCGGAGCUUCUUUCUUCUUUCCGACCACAACUCAUUACUUAUUCUCUGAAGCACCGGUUACUGCCCGUCGUCUUCUUGCUGAGGAGGCUACUAACUCAUGUGGAAAGGGAAAAGUGCCAUUGUUAUCUUUGACAGCACUGCAUCAUCUUCACAUCUUCAUCUUCGUGCUAGCAGUUGCUCACGUCAUCUUUUCUGUCCUCACCAUCAUUUUGGGAGGAGCUAAGAUACGCUCGUGGAAACAUUGGGAAGAAUCAAUCUUGAAAGAUCAAAACUCACAAGAUGAUUCCGAGGAAAAGUUCAUCCAUGUCCAAGACCACGCAUUCAUAAAGGGUCGAUUCCUAGGUUUCGGCAAGGAUACCGCCGUCACUUCUUGGCUCCUCUCAUUUUUCAAGCAAUUUUUUGGUUCCGUCACAAAAUCGGAUUAUCGGACACUUCGAUUAGGAUUUAUUACGACUCAUUGCAAGGGAAAUCCAAAGUUCAAUUUUUACAAGUACAUGAUUCGAGCCCUUGAAGCCGAUUUCAAGAAGGUUGUGGGAAUAAGUUGGUACCUCUGGUUAUUCGUUGUCGUCUUCUUGUUGUUGAACGUCCAAGGUUGGCAUGCCUAUUUUUGGAUAGCAUUUAUUCCCUUAAUACUUUUACUAGCAGUUGGCACCAAGCUUGAGCAUGUCAUUACUCAAUUGGCACAUGAAGUUGCUGAGAAACAUGUAGCGGUUCAAGGAGAAUUGGUGGUGAAUCCUUCUGACGAUCAUUUUUGGUUCAACAGGCCGCGCCUUGUCCUUAUAUUGAUUCAUAUAAUCCUCUUUCAAAACUCGUUCGAGAUAGCAUUUUUUUGUUGGAUUCUGGUACAAUAUGGUUGGGAUUCCUGCAUCAUGGGAGCUGUCGGUUACAUAAUCCCAAGACUUGUGAUAGGGGUAUUUGUUCAAUUUCUUUGUAGCUACAGCACACUGCCACUCUAUGCUAUAGUCACGCAAAUGGGAACUUUCUAUAAGAGUUCAAUAUUUGAGGAACAUAUCCAAGUAGGCAUAAUUGGUUGGGCUGCCAAGGCAAAGAAAAAUAAGGGUGUUAAAAAGGUAGCAACCAAUGAUUCUAACAACAAUGCAGAAUCAAGUGAGUCCUCGGUUCAAAUGACAACGGUAUCUGAGGCGGCAUCGACUAUGGAAGAGGGACAAGCAAGUGAAAUCAGGCCUAGCCCUAACCCGAAAGGGGCAACACCUUUAAUAUUACGUGCCUUCAAGAAAUGAAUAACCCUGGUAUGAGCACCAACCAAGAUUGUAUUUCAUUUUAUUCACUUGUUAUUUUGUUCGAAAUUGCAACCUUUGUGAUUUCCGAAUUAAUACAAGUUAGAAAAAUAAAAUAAAAUAAGCAAUGUAUGAUCAUUGUUGAUAGCAUUUGUGGGUUUUAAGUUGUACAAACAAAUUAGAAUAUAGUAAUAGCAUGCAAGGAAGCAUUUGUUUGAUCAAGCUUUUAAGUGUUGGUUCUUGUAACAUUAUUUUUUACCAAGUUUGUAAUUAUACACAAUAAUGUGAAAGAAGUGUGUUUUUGGCCCAUUAUCAAUAAAAUUACUUGUUUUUA